GCGUGGUUCUACAUGGAAACAGGAAGCCAAAUGAACACCUGUUUCUAACUCGUUAGCUUGAGGAUUUGGUUUAAUUUUGUUGAUUAUACUACGACUAAUAGAGGACAUGGAAUCGGAAACACAGGGAAUUAGCUCGUUGCCAAGUGGACUUGGAGUGUUUACAACUGUGCCAGAUGUCUUCUUUAUCCCAGAACUUGUUUUCGGUGGACUGGUAUGGAUCUUGGUGGCAUCAACAAAUGUGCUUCUUGCAAACCCUCAAGGAUGGGUGAUGUUUGUAUCUGUGCUCUGCUUCACCUUCACAUUUCUCUGGUUUCUACUCUUUAUGUUUGGAGUUAAUCAGAGCAGCCCUGUGUGGAUUUCACUUGAUGUGGCUUGUCAUGGAAUUGCUGCCUUAUUUUACAUGAGUGCUUCUGUUGCACAGGCCUUCGCUACAAUUACAUUUCAGAAUAAUUUAUUUCUUUUCAACCCCUACCAAGAGAACAUAGCUGCAGUAGUAUUUUCCUACAUUGCCACCAUGCUGUAUGUGAUCCACGUCGUGUUUUCUGCAUACAGAUGGAAAACUUCAUAAAUACAUUGAGGAUAAACCAAUGAAACCCCUGCUGGACUGGAUCAAAGACAGGAACAGCAGAAUGCUGGGGGGGACGGAGGGAGGGCGGCAUUCAGUUUGAUUGAGACUGCGUUUUCCACAGCAACAUUGCAAAGCAGAGGAUUAGCUUUAUCACUACGUUGUACUUGGAUUUGUUAUUGAUAAAUAAAAUGAUUUGUAAUUGAA